AACAACGUGGUAGUAAGUUAGAGACGCUAUAGCGGAGCUCAUGGCGCAAAUUCAGAGGGAAGUGAACUCAGGUUGGCGACACUAUUAAAUCAUAGCAGGAGUGCUGCACCCCGAUGUGUUACAUGGGUGGAAACCCACCGAUGGUGGGAAAACCACCUAUAAAAGGGACUGUUUAACAAUUUCUGCUCUCACUGUUUCUCGUUCCUCCGAAGCCGUUCUGCUACCAACUUCGAAUAAACUUUCACCAGGGCUAAACGCAAUAGACAUUAGAUUUUGAAUAAUGUUAUCAUCUGUUGUACUCUUAUUAAUCACUGCAAUGUGCCCUAAAGUUUAUACCAUCUCGCAGACACUGAGCGAUGAGAAUUGCGAGACAUUGCAAUCUGAGAUACACAUAACUAAAGAUGAGUACGAUGAGACAGGGAUACUGCGAAGAACAUGCAGCGGUGACUUAGCAGUAACAAAGUGUGAAGGAUUCUGUAAUUCACAGGUGCAACCUAGUGUCGUUACUGCUACAGGGUUUCUAAAGGAAUGCUAUUGCUGUCGAGAGAGCUAUUUGAAGGAACGACUAGUACUUCUAACUCAUUGUUACAACGCUGAUGGUAUAAGACUUGAGAGUGAAGAAUUUGGAACUAUGGAGAUUAAACUAAGAGAACCGGCUGAAUGCAGGUGUUUUAAGUGCGGAGAUUUUUCCAGAUGAGGAGAUUCGGCAUCAAAUUAAUUGAUCACCAAUUAAUGCAACUCGUAAAUGUGUCCACGGAUUUCUUUAACAUCAACAUGACUAUUUAUAUAGAAUUCUCAAUUUACGCUUGUAUUAAGUUCAUGAAAUAAAAUGUGUUUUACCAAA